AUGAUGUUGGAAUGUGGCGCUAGCAUUGACAUUUGGCCUCAGCACGUGAGUGAGAAACCUAUCAACAAUGAAAGUAUUAAAGAUAUUAGACAACAGUCCCUAAUCACACACAUACUGCUGGUUCAAUGCAGAGUGCAUGGCUACAGGACAGAAACUCAAGUAUCCCAGGAGUGGAAGGUUUUGGUGGAUGGAGAAGGAGGGAGUCAAAACCAAAUACCGUCUGAGCUCCUAAUAGAAAACUCAGAUGAGAAGUAUGUCACAAACCCUUCAGAGUUUCAACUAUUAGUUUCAUCAGAAUACCAGGAUAUUAACUCAAGUGAUACUGAGUCAACUAAAGGUAUUGAAACAGAGGUACUAGAAGCACCCAGACUAACGGUAGUUGAAUCUGAAGCCCUGACAAAAGCAAAUGAAGAGAGAAAUUAUAUUUCUGAAGAGCAACAGCCAAACAUAACUUCCACUUCUCCAGUGUCUACAAUGGAUAGAGUAACCAGAAGCAUGAUCUUCUCCCUGUCCUCAGCCAAAAGUAUUGAUGGUUCCAAUGAAGAUUUGGUGAAUUCUACCACUGAAGAAAUCCAAGUGACAGAGAAGAUCAAAAAGAGUUGGGAUGUGUGGGUUCCUCCACCAGAUCGAAACAGCCGUCUAAAACUGUUGAGGGAGGAAGAGCAGUUUGAAAUCCGCACACAUCGUCCUGAGAACAGCCCAACUAAGCUAUUUGCAGAUAGUGAUGGUGAAGAGGAUGAUGAUAAAGUAAAGCUGCGAUCAAGUAACUUUACUCCAGAAAAAGCAUGGGAACUCGAGAAAGAACGGAGAGACAUUAUAAGAAAACAAUGUCAACGUAAAAGUUUGGAUACAGAAGACCUGAUUGCUAUACAAGAUGAAAUAAAUGCCUCAGGAUUAGACAAAGAUCUUAAUGGAGUAGGUACUGAUCAUAAUGCAGCAGAUAUAGACACAGAACAGAUAAAUUUUGCAGCUGCCAGACAGCAGUUUUUAAUGUUGGAAAAGGAGAGGAACAGUCUCCCUAUUACUCCACGCCUUCAUUCCAGGUCCUUUCGUCUUUCUUCUUACUCUCUUUAUGAAAAUGAUGGGUGUUUAAAUAUUACAAAUCCAAUACAAAAGGAACAGGAUGUGAAACCACAAAAGGAGAAAUCUUAUGUAACUCAAGAAAAGACUGGAGUAGACGCAAGGCCCAAUCUGCUCCGUAAACAGUUUUUUAGGGAGUUGUCUGUGGACAGUGUAGAUGCUGAAGAAGAGGGGAAACCAAGAGAGAUUUACAGAGAUAUGAAUACACCGGAGACACCAGAAGUAGAGGAGAGUAUUCCAAACCCCAGUGAUGAGACACCUAUUGAGAGGGAAAUCCGUCUAGCAAUGCAAAGAGAGGAAAGUUUAAGGAAAGAAAGGGGAAUCCAGAGUUUAGGGGAAACCAAAGAGAUGGUAGAAAUUCUAAAAAACCCAGUGUUGUCUAUUUCCUCAGAUACACAACUAUCCAAAAAGGUUAAAGUUAGGGCUCGGACCUCUUUCUUCCUUCAAAGGGAGAUUGAUAAAGAAGUCCAAAGAGAAGCUGAUCUAAAAAGCGAAGGUAAAGUGGCUGGAUUGUAUGAUAAAGGAAAUGCUCAAGAACUAGACGAGCGAAGGAAGUUGUUUGAGCAGCCAGAUGAGAUACCUGUACAACCACAUAAAGGAACCACCAAAAUAAUCUCAACAAUGAUCACCGGUAACACAAAGGAGAAUUCAGACCAGACAGAAUUGGAGCAGAAUAGUGAACUAAAAAACGCAACAGUUUUGGAUGCUCCUCAACCCUACAGUGUAAGAACCAAAUGGAAGCCAAAACUACUCAACACCUAUAGAAACAGAAGACUCAGUGCAGACAACAUUUUGGAUAUAAAAAUUCCUACAGAAACCUCAUCUGAAAAGGAAACAUCAGUAGAAACAUUUGUGUUAUGUAAAGAGAAUUUUCCUGUUCAGCCUUCUAGUUUCCAACCUCUUGUACAAGAGGAUCAGCAAAAAGAUGAAAAUGACCAGAAGAAGGAGGUAAUAAGUGAAAGCUACAGCCGUAGUAAGCUGUACAGCACAAGACUGAGGCCUUCGCUAUACAAUGUGAUUGAGCAAGAAAUUCAGAAAUCAUUAGAGAGGGAUCGAGAACUGCAAGAACAGAGGAGAAAAACUGAUGUCUCCCCUGGAACAAUACCUCCAAGCAUUAAUCCAAUCACUCCACACAAUGGGUACAAUCAGUAUGACAGACCAUCUUUGACCCCAGAUGCUCCAAGACCAUUGUCUUCUGCACGAUGGAGGGAAACUCCAGGCAGGUUAUCGCCAGUACAAAUGUUCAAACCAAAGAGCUACCCCAAGUUUGUGGAUUUUGAGUCAGAUGCAGCUAGACUAAGAAGACGUGACAAUUGGUAUGCUGGUAUUGACCCAACUGAUGCUGUCAACACAGAGAUUGUGGCGUCCACUCGUGUAAUUCGGCACAAGAAUACAUUGGCACUACGCUGGGAAGCUGGUCAAUACUCCAAUGAACCACACGAUUAGAGCCAGAGCACUGGGAGUACAUGUUCCCUGCUGUGUCAUCCAUAUUUCACAUCAUUCGUUUCAUGUGUGUUUGCUUGUUGUUUCACCAGUCCACCACCCAAUAGAUGAAUAUGUUGCUAUAUCUGUCAAGCUUAAGCUUUUCAAUUUUACAGGAUAAUCAUAUGAUGGGAGUGACUAUGCUGUAAUGAAAUGUGAUAUACUGAACUGUCUAAACCUAGACUGUUUAAAAGAAGAGACUACUUUCAUGGGUUGCUCCAUUUAAUAGGCCAGGUAACUUGUUAUAUUGUAUCAGGAUGAGUCACCUCUCAUACUGCCAGCCUUUGUAAAUUAAUUACAUUUACUGUUAAAGUAGAAUGAAAUACGAAUAAAAAUAAAAAACAUUUUAAGGGAUAAUUAUUAAGGGCUUUAAAAUGAUGGCCAAUAUAUACUUUGCUGAAAAAGAUUACCCAUGACAAUUUACAGAGUAGGUACAGUCCUCGUAAUCAUCAAUAAUAUGUUGACAGAAAAGAAUGAUAACUGUAUUGAUGGCUCUGUUUGGCCAUUUUCUUUUUUACCAAAUAAACAGGUAAAGUCAGUGUCGGACUGGAGCAUGAAGGUCCCAGCGGGGGUAUGCAGUGGUAGGGCCCAUCAUUAGAGGUGUGGCCAGACUCCAAAGGGGGUGUGGCCAGCCACCACAGAGGUUUGGCUAACCAUUAUAGAGUACCUGGUUUGGACUCCUUGAUAAUUUAUAUAGUAAUUAAUGCUAGUGCAUGCAUGAUAAUGUGCCAGAUUAAUGACAGCAAUGUACUGUAGAGAAUACAUCAUAAUCAUGUGCAGUAUAAGGUAACAUAUGUAUAAUACAUAAUUCAAGUGCACAGUCUAGAACCUGAUCCCUAGAGGAGGAGGGCCCCCCAGGCAGUGGGGCCUACUGGUGGUUUCCCCUGUACCCCUGUGGGCCAGACCGAGCCUGGGUAAAGUAUUUAAUGAAAUAAUGUUUUAUCCUAUGCUGCUGCUAGCAGGUUAGUUACAUUAUAGUUAUAUUUUUAACCUGCCAUGUAGGAUGGACUUUAACUGAAAUUAAGUUAAGUAACUUCUGGACAAGUAUAUAAAGUUGUACUGAUAUUUUUAUUAAAAAGCAAGAUAAUACAACAGGAUAGAUAGAUAGAUAGAUAGAUAGAUAGAUAGAUAGAUAGAUAGAUAGAUAGAUAGAUAGAUAGAUAGAUAGAUAGAUAGAUAGAUAGAUAGAUAGAUAGAUAGAUAGAUAGAUAUUUCUGGUAGGAUUACUCUGAACUUCUAUUAAGUGUGUGACCAAUGAGUUCCAGCAUUGAACUUUUAAUGCAAUAAGCCGGUCUGCAGUGUUAGAGACUGCCUGUGUAAUUUCAAUUACAUCUGUUGUUUCCAUAUAAAGGUAUGUGGUGCAUUAAAUUAAGUGUUGUGUAAAUGAUUGUUUGCUAAAAAAAAGAAAAAAAGAAAGAAAAAAAAGAGAGGAAGUAUUGUAAUUACCAGCCUCCAUGGGACACAGAGGCAGAGGGAGUGUUAUGCUCUUCAAGUGUAGAACUGAAGAGCAGACAGGGUCAUUUACCUCACAGUGCUUCUUUGUUUGCAUCCAAUUUGUCCUGCUGUGUGUCCGCUUCAUGGCACUUGAAACUGUCGCUUUACAUAUAUGCCUUAAAAUGCACACAUACAGUAAGUAAGAGCAAAGUCCAAACUAAGUGACCAUUCUCUUUAUUCCUUAAAAACUUUAACAUUUUGCUUGUAAAGUAGUGCUCACUUUGGCAUUAUUUAUCGCUAACAAAAAUUAAUGUGAUAAUUGGAAAUGUCGAGAUACAUUUUUCUUUUUUGUGCUCGACAUUACAUUGCUACCUGUGUGCCUAGAAUAUGCUUUCCAAUAGGAAUCAUCAGGAAUCUGCAAAAAGAGUCCCUUCAAAAUUAUAGGGUAACACCUGGAAAAGCCAAAUACUUUUGUGGGUCAAGCAAUGCCCGUGUAUUUACUCCCACUCCAGCUCUUUAUCCCAUGUAAAUAGGCUUGUUGCUGCAACCUAAAAUAAAAUAUUUGUGUACUGGUAUAAAGUAGGUGCACUCAUUUGCUUUAACAUCUCCCAUUAGCUUGUUCAAACUGUUCCACAACUCUUUACAUGUGUGACAUUGCAGGCACGGGACAUUAGAGUAAUCGAGUAUUUGUGUUGCGGUUUUGCAUUUUUGUAAUUUGUCACUGACCUUUUCUGAAUACCAUCCUGAAGCAGUGUUGUUUAGGAGGAGAUACAGAUUCUAAUGUAAAUAAUGGAAAACGAAGCAUUAAAUGUAAACUAUUUGUACAGAUAGGUUUGUUUGGGUUUUUUUUUUUUUAAAUCAGAAAAUGUUAAUUUAUUGUUACA